CGGCUGAAAGUUUGGCUUGCUGGCUGUAAACUUUAAACUAAUUAAUGAUAAAAACGGAUCAGAAUUCAGUUUACAGACGGCUUUGUUUGUUUAAAGGGCUUCGUAAAAGUGAAUUGGGAGCUUUGUAACUGCGACCGGGCGUUAAGCGCGCUGUAUUUAGAGUGAAUGUGACCGAGGAGCCGCUGAUUUGGCGAUGGCUGUGGGUUUAAUAGCGCUCGCCGCUUUGAUCCUCUUUAAUAAUGUAGACUCUGGAUUGUUUCAGACACAUAAGGACGAUGUUAGUCCAGAACAGUGUCUGGUUUGGGGUCCAGGGUUGGAGCCCCGGUCAGUGCUGCCUGUUCGGCAUUUCUACAUCCAGGCGGUCAGUGAGAGUGGACAGGUCAUUUCCACCUCUCCGGGUAAAGACUCGUUCAGGGUGAGAAUAACCUCGCUGUUGCAGAAGGAGCACGUCCGUAUCCACGUCCCACCACCGCUGGACCGCGGAGACGGAUCCUUCCUGGUCAGAUUCCGGAUGUACGGGAGCUCCGUUCAUGGGCUGAAGGUGGAAGUGUUUUAUAAGGACAAACCAGUGGCCAAGUCUCCAUACACUCUUAAAGGUGUAGUUUAUCACGAGUACUGUGACUGCCCCGAGGCCGACGCGUCAGCCUGGCAGAGCGUAAUGGAAUGUCCUUCGGAGGAGCCGCAGAUCCAGCAGGACUUCAGCUCUUUCCCCUCUAUAAAUCUCCGCCAGCUCCUGGAGGAGGUUCCUAAACGCUUUUCCAGCCGAGGUGGACUGAUUCACUACACCGUCAUCAAUAAUCAGGUGUACCGGCGCUGCCUGGGCCGAUACACGGACUUCAAAAUGUUCUCAGACGAAAUGCUGCUGUCGCUCACCCGCAAAGUGAAGCUGCCCGACGUUGAGUUUUACAUCAAUGUUGGUGACUGGCCGUUGGAGACGAGAAAAGGGGACGCUGUACCUGGACCUGUGCCCAUCAUCUCGUGGUGCGGCUCCACGGAGACGCGGGACAUUAUCCUCCCCACCUAUGACAUCACACACUCCACGCUGGAGACAAUGAGAGGGGUAACAAAUGACCUUCUGUCCGUCCAGGGGAACACGGGUCCUGCCUGGGUGAAUAAAACAGGCCGGGCGUUUUUCCGUGGCAGAGACAGCCGUGAGGAACGUCUGAACCUCGUCUCCAUGUCCAAGAAGAACCCGGACCUGCUCGAUGCCGGCAUCACUGCCUUCUUCUUUUUCCGGGAGAGGGAGAAGGAUCUGGGUAAAGCCCCUCUGGUCGGCUUCUUCGACUUCUUUAAGCAUAAGUACCAGGUGAACGUGGACGGUACCGUGGCUGCCUACAGGUUUCCGUACCUGAUGCUCGGUAACAGCCUGGUCUUAAAGCAAGACUCGCCGUACUACGAACACUUCUACACUCACCUGAGACCGGGCCAACAUUACGUCCCUGUGAAGAGGACGCUGUCUGACCUCAUUCAGAAAAUCAAAUGGGCCAAGGAGAACGAUGCUGAAGCGGAGGCUAUAGCUAAAGCAGGACAGGCGGUGGCCAGGGACGUCCUCCAGCCCCACAGGCUCUACUGCUACUACUACACUGUUCUAGAGACGUAUGCAGCUCGGCAGAUAGGACAACCUUCUGUCCAUCCUGACAUGGAGCUGGUGCCUCAGCCUUCUGACCACAGCGCUGUGUGUGACUGUGAGAGGAGGAUGGAGCCCCAGGAGUUCAGACAGAAACGCGAGGAGUUAUGACGCUCGUUAUCCUGACCUCUGAAGCGUCACCUGAAAAGGUGCAGGUUUACAACUGUGACAAUCCUGUUUCAUUCACAAGUGCCUCUCAGCUGCCGCUCACACCUGGAGUUAACAUACACGCUGGGUGAUCUGAUCACAAGUGGCCGGUGGUGAGAAGGUGUGAAGACGGUCUGAUGUGUCUUGGAAACACACUGGGGGACUGGGUGGGGGGGUUUGCGGGAAUGGUCAUUUUUACUGGUUGACUAAACGUCCUGAAAAAAGUGUUGUCGUUCAUAUCAGUGCGAAGUAUUGGUUUAGUUUAUUACUAGGAGCUUCUGGGGCAGCAGAUGCUGAGAUGUCCAGUGCAGGAACUAAACGGUAUAUACGCGUGACGUGAACAGUGAUGUCAUGCAAAAUAACUUUUUUUGAGGAUUUCAAACCAGAUUUCUCUGCUCUCUCCUUUUGGACGAACUUUAUGCAAAUGAUAUCCAAUCAGUUUGUCGAUGUGUGGCUCAAUAACCACUCGUGUCACACCCAGAGUCGCACACUGAGCAGGAGAUUCCCGCUGUCCCGUUUAAGAAGUUAUUCCUGAAAUGUGUUAGAAGCCGUAAACAGCAGGUCUUUGUGAGCUUGGUACUCCACUUUAAUAGGAGCUUGUUUUUGUUGUGCACACAUUUUGGUCAUUUUGGUCAUUUUGGUCAUUUUGCUUGGCAUUCAAACGGCCCUUUCCUGUCAAAGUCGGCAUUUCUCAAAAUCCAAAUUUGGAGCUAUUAGUUGACCAGUUGACUAGUUUCUGCAGCCCCCAUCAUGUCAGAGACGCAGAUGGCCAUAAAACGUCUGUUGUGUGAAUGCUUAAGUGGCCCAGUCCAUCCCUCCUACAGUGAAGGACCUCUUUAAUCAACAGCCAUCACAGCUUUUUUCCUUUUCUCUCUCUCUCUCUAAGUUAUGUUAACAGGUGAAAUGUUUUGUAACCGCCUGGGUCGUUUCUGUCGGACAACGAAUGCAGAGAGAAUGACGUGAUGCAUUUUGGCUGGUCCCCUUCUUGCAGUUGCGAAAUCCAGUCAUACCUGGUCACUGGAGACACAUUCCACAAACCUGAAAAUAUCAGGGGCCUCAUAUGUAAAACAUUUCUUUCUAAAUUUGUUCUUAAAAUCAGUCGUCAGUAUUUACGCAUGACGGGGUGACACAAAAUGUCGCUUUAAUUGGGAAUUCCACCAUAAAUGAAUCGUCAUGAAUGGAGUUCAGAGGGUUUGGUGUGAAGUGGUUCAGACGUCUUUACAGUGGUGGUGAUGGGAACCAGGCGUCGCCAUGACUACAACACAGAUAUAGACACUUUAUUUACCAUCCAGA